AUGGCAAGAGCCAACUGUCCCGUAAAAGAAGGAAAGUGGUUUUACGAAGUUUUUAUAGAUCGUGGAGGUGAAGGAAAAGUUGAUGGCAAAGAUGGUGCACACGUGAGAGUUGGGUGGGCACGUAGAGAAGGCAAUAGGAAUUCUCCAGUUGGAUCUGAUGGAUAUAGUUAUGGAAUAAGAGAUCUUACAGGACAGAAGGUUCAUAUGUCACACGUAAAAAAAUUUGGGGAACCUUUUAAAACAGGUGAUGUUAUUGGUAUUUAUAUAUCAUUACCACCUUUGAAAAAAGUUAGUAAAGGUUAUAAAUAUAAAGCACCUAAAAGACAAAGAAUUCCUAUUUUAUUUAAGGGGGAAACGAUAUUUGAAUAUAAAGAUUUCAAGCCAACUCAGCCAGAAUUGCCAACAUUACCAGGAUCAAAGAUAAUAGUCUAUAAAAAUGGAAUAUGUCAAGGAAUAGCAUUUGAAAAUUUAUUUUCAUUUUUUCCUAUAAUUGAUAAAUAUACGGCAGAUGAUGAUUUGAUUGAAGAUGACGGAUCGUUGGGGUAUUACCCAGCAGUUUCAAUGUUUAGAGAAAAAUUAAUAUCAUCAAAGAAAAAAAUUGAAAUAUGCAAAUGGAAACCGAUGUCAGAAAGAUACAUGGAAUAUGUUGCAGAAGAUGUAGUUUACGAUAUUGUAGAUGAAAUAGAAUUAUGGGAUUGGAUGAGAGGACAAAAUAAAAACAAGGCUUCAAUGGUCAAUAAAAGACCAUAUUCAGCAAUAUUAGCUAACAAUAAUAAUAAUUCACAGGAAUUUUCUGAUGGAAAUUCGAAAAAAUUUAAACAGGAAAAACAAGAACCAAAGAUAGAAGAAGAAUAUGAUGACUCAAAAUAUUUAGCGCAAGAUUGGGAUCUAUUUAUUUAA